AUGCUACUGCAGCUGAGCUGCCGCCGCCGCUGCUGCCGCCACCGCCGCCGCCGCCGCUGCCGCUGCCACUGCUGCUACUGCAGCCCGAGCAUCCACGAGCCUCCGCCGCCGCCGCUACCGCCACUAGCUCUGCUUCCACCGCUGCCACCUGCCCUCCCAGGACCCCGAGACACCCCGAGCGCGUGCGGCGGCUGCUGCUUGCAUGUUCCCCCUCUCCCCCUGCCCCUCCCUUGCGUGACCUACCCACUCCUUGCAGCCCUCAUCUGCACCUUCUCCGAUACUCGGGCGUCCCUGCACCACCUGCUCCGGCAGCCCCGGCGGGCGCUGGGACUUGCUGUGCGCGCCGAGAGGAAGGCAAGCUCCGAACCCGUGCCUGGCAGACGGGCUGUCGCGGCUGCACCAACAGCAGGAGGAGGAGGAGAAGAAACUAUUUCGCCCACCGAAACCCCAUUCUGCGGGUGCUUUGCCGCUGCCGCUUCUGCUACUGCCGAUCCGGGUCCGCGGGUUCGAACACCGCAGCGGCGGGGACCUUGGGUCCGGCGGGCGCCUCGAGGAGAACACCGGCGGAGCCCUGCACUCUGGUGCCCCGCUCACCAGCAUCUUCUUGCCCACUCGUUCCUUCCCCAGCCCUUUAGAGAAGGGACCAUGAUUUGGAAACGCAGCGCCGUUCUCCGCUUCUACAGUGUCUGCGGGCUCCUGCUACAAGGUAAUCCCCGCCCCGCCGCGGGAAGCAUCAACUUCACGCCCAUUCCCCAUCAUCCCCACUCCACCCCAUAUUUCCACUCUCCCCCUUCCAGUCCCUUAGUCCCCAGAGAUUUCCACCCCUCCCCCUGCUCCCCGGUGCGGCAGGGGGCAGUGGCAGUUUGCUCCAGCCCCUGAAUCUCUAGCGCUGGCUCAGCCUUGCUCUUCCAGCGGUCAGCCCCUUACGCGGCACCUUUUGCCUUUUCAUUCACCUGAGCUUCCUACAUCUCUCACUCCCCAUCCUUCCCCCCACGCCCCCCACGCCUUUUGGCUGGCAACUUGUGCCUUCUCUGAACAGUCCACCCUCCUACCAACCCCCACCAGCCACCUCCCACAUCACGCUCCUGACCGACCCUCUUCAUCCCUUGUCAUCUCUUUAACCUGCCCCCCUUUCGGGUCGCCUUUCUCUUUCCCCUUCUUCCCACCACCAUCAUAUCCUUGUAUCUUUAAAAAGUGAGUGAGAGUCAGAGCGAAAUACCGAGACGGCGAGAACAGCAGCAGCGGCAGCACCGUGUGCAUUGCAAUAACAUCCCCGGGGGGGAAAUGUGUUGUGAGACGUGUCAUUCACCUAGGAAGGGAGAGGAGACUGUGUCUGGGAUUUAAAAAA